CUUUUAGUUUGGAAAUAGAGACACUUUCCAUAUUUCAACGCCUCGAACUUGUAUAUAAAUUAACAUAUGCGAUACCCAUCAUACCACACGAUAUACAGUUAUACACCCUCAAUUCCAUCUGAAAUCAACAUAACAUAGAGAAAGAGAGAGAUGUAUGAUGACAGUGAGAGAAAGUGUCACCCUCUGUUACAAGGUGAGAGAGAUGAAGACUACAAAAACGGAAGCUUUUCUUCAUCAGAAAUGGCAACUCUAAGCAGCAUAUGUGACGUCAUCGUACAACCACUCCCUUUGAAUUCUCUUGAUGAUCAUGGCAACAAAGUGGAAGAAAGCAUCCGUUCAUUCUCCACUGCUUCUGGUUCUCAAUACCCAAUACCUAAUAAGGUGGUUCAUCUUUUGAAGACGAGGGCGUUUCUUGAAGCAGUGAUGGUGGUGAAAUUGGUGUUAACACUUCUUUCCACAAGACUGGAUAAGAGGGAGAAGAUUGUUCAGAAAUGGUUCGAGAAUAGGUUUCUAACGCCUAUCAGACUCGGAUUCGUGUUCAUCAAGACACUCUGCCUUUUGGUCUUCUUCACUCAGGUUGGUAAGAAAGCAGAUAAUCCUGCAUGGGAAGCCAUCGGUUACCACGUAGACAUUAACGAAGAACACCCGAAAAAGGAGCAAAACAAGCGCCCUUUGCAGAAAGGAAUGGUGGAGAUCAUGAAAGAAACCGAUCAAACCCUCGUGCAUUCUCUCCUUCAAAAAGGCCUUGAUGUGACCGAAGAACUUAAAGAGAACAUUUGCAAAAUCAAAUGCGAUGUUGUAAUUAUCGGCUCUGGUUGUGGUGGUGGCGUUGCAGCUGCCAUACUUGCAAAAUCCGGGAAGAAAGUCGUGGUUCUUGAAAAAGGAAACUACUUUACUCAAACAGAUUAUUCAAAACUGGAAGGACCUUCUUUGGAUCAACUCUAUGAAUCAGGAGGAAUACUUCCUACACUCGAUGGGAAAGUAAUGAUCCAAGCUGGAUCAACAGUUGGAGGUGGUUCAGCCGUGAAUUGGUCAGCUUGCAUUAAGACGCCACAAUCCUUGCGAAAAGAAUGGGCUGAAGAACACAACAUUAAGUUAUACGAGAGCCAUGAGUACACUUCUGCAAUGAACAAAGUGUGUGAAAGAAUCGGUGUUACUGAAAAAUGCACAAAAGAAGGGUUCCAGAAUCAAGUUCUUCGAAAAGGGUGUCAGAAUCUAGGGCUAAAAGUCGAUUCUGUCCCACAAAACGCGUCUGAGAAUCAUCACUGUGGGACUUGUUGUUAUGGCUGUAGAUCAGGAGACAAAAAGGGAACCGACUCGACUUGGUUGGUUGACGCAGUCGAUCAUGGAGCUGUGAUCAUAACCGGAUGUAAAGCCAAGAAAUUUAUGCUAACAAGAAACCAAAACGGGAAGAAAAGACGAAAGAAAUGUUUAGGAGUAAUUGCUCAAGUUUUAAACGAUAAAAUCUUGAAAAGAUUACACAUCGAGGCAAAGGUGACAAUUUCUGCAUGUGGGUCUCUUUUAACGCCGCCUAUAAUGAUAUCAAGUGGUCUGAAAAACCCUAAUAUUGGCAAGAAUCUUCAUCUCCAUCCUGUUGCAAUGGCAUGGGGAUACUUUCCCGAAGGGUCCGAAGAGACAUACAUCUUGGAAGUCCCAGCUUUAGGGCCCGGAUGUUUCGCUGGUUUAACUCCUUGGGUUUCAGGGCAAGAUUUAAAGGAAAGGAUGCUGAAAUACUCUCGAACAGCUCAUGUGUUUUCAUUGGUGAAAGACCGAGGAUCUGGGGAAGUGACGUCAGCAGGAAGGAUAAGUUAUAAAUUUAGCAAAUUCGACAAUGAAAACAUCAAGAAAGGGUUGAGACAAGCGUUAAGGGUGUUGAUUGCAGCUGGGGCUGUUGAAGUGGGUACUCAAAGAAGCGAUGGGCAGAAAUUGAAAUGCAAAGGGACAAGUGAAGAGGAGAUCGAGGAGUUCUUGGAGACAGUAGAUGCUGUACCUGGUCCGAUGUCAAUGGUGAAAGAUUGGAAUAUUUAUUGUUCGGCUCAUCAAAUGGGGAGUUGCAGAAUGGGGAAGAGUGAGAAGGAAGGUGCAGUGGAUGAGAAUGGAGAGAGCUGGGAAGCGGAGGGACUUUAUGUUUGUGAUGCGAGUAUUCUACCGAGUGCUGUUGGUGUGAAUCCCAUGAUCACAAUCCAAUCAACUGCUUAUUGUCUUGCGGAAAGAAUUGCGGAUAUCUUUAGAUAA